AUGACUACCCGAAGCCCAUCUCCUCUGGAAAGCGACAGUCUCUCUGUCAGCUCCAACGACGAGGUUUCCCCCAUCGAAGACGAUGUCCAGACAGGCCUGCAAGCCCCACCACCUACGCCAGCCUUGUUCCUCACGAAGGCGGCUAAACAUCCAAGCAUAAAGGUAUCCAUGAGACGUUCGACAGCUAGAACUAGCCGGCCGGUGUCAAGGAGGCCUCCUAAGCAGCGGAACGCAAAGCUUGGAAUAACGCUGAUCACGGAUAUGACCAAGCUGAGGCGGCAAAAUUACAUCUCUAAUCAAGCAAAGUCACCGGCAAGGCGUAACCCAAAGUUUGCCGAUGCAGCUGCUCUAAGAGCCUUGGAGGGAUCUCCAAACCCGCAGUCUGUUGGAAAUUGGAACUGGCUGAGGAGAGGGAACAACGGAGAUCAUGUGGUCGCAUCCCCUUCUCCUCUUCAAGCCGAUGAUACCCAAUCUCCCGAUGAACAGCUUUCACCGGAAGCCAGACCGAUAGUAAUCGGCAUUACUCUGCCUUCUGAUGAGGUUGAGAGUCGAGGGAUUGACCCCCUCACGGCGACGGUCAACAACAUUGACACUCCGAACGGCGAGAUGAGGAAUCCAUAUCCCUUUAACUUCCAGACAGCUCAUGACCGCGCAAACCCCCCUUCAGUUCCUACCCAACUCAAAUCAAUGUGGUCUCCAGAUACCCCCGAUACUGCUAGUUCGUUUAGCACAAUUAGAUAUCCGUCAAGCGUAUACUCGCAAGCAUCUAUGGCGGCUAUCAUUGCUCCUGGGUUGAGAGAUGACGAAGUUCCCCCUGUUCCUGCUCUUCCGGCCGGUUACAAACAGACCACUUCGCCGAUGCCACAGCGACUUAUUGGUGCGGAACAGCGUAAGAACAAGGAUGAGGAAGAUGAGUCUGGGACACCUUGCACGCUUUUCGAAGAGGAUGGAAUCACGCCCUUGAAAUCGCCCGCAAGUAAACUAUCUGCCCGCACUCCUGAUAGUGUGCGUGGUUGGUGGGAUCAUCAUUUAGUUACCCCAUUUUUAGACAUGAGAAUGUCUUUCGCGAGCUCUGAGCGACCGAUCGUGGUCCACAUAGAGAUCAACACUGGUGAGCAGCCGCAGAAGUUUGUGGUAGAUCGUGUUGGGUUGAGUUCUACGCCGACUAUAAAGAUUCCUACGCCACGACGGACGCCGUCACCUCAAGCAGAUGUCCUUAAGGUUGGCGUAGCUGCUGAACCUGCACGAGGUGCCUUUGGACACCAUGAAGCAGGUACGCGAGAGAUGAUGCAAGGCUUGGGAAUAACCAAUCUGAGGGCCGAUACUCCGCCUUCACCUUCAUCUAAGAAGCACGCUGGAGCUGCUGUCAAGUACCAGGCUGUCUUCCCGCCUGGUCAUCAUCUGCAUACUCAAGUUCCCCAGACAGAAGCACCUCAUAAUGUUGCGUCGGCGCCGGCACCAGUUGCACUAGUGAUGACAACUGUACCUGUAGCUUACACUACACACGACGCCCAUACUGCAGCACCUAUCGCAGCGUCGACAACAGCUACACCAACCACGUCGGUGGCAGCAGAGAGGGCAGCACCGGCUGUUUCGCGAGCAGCUGGAUUGAGAAAAGACUACAAAAUCGAGCGGAAGCGACUGCGACAUGAGAAGGAAGAAAAAAUGGCAAGACGAGCCGGUGGCCUUUGGAGGGGCCGAGGCUGUGUGCCAAAAAAAGGCUGCUUUGGCCGCCCUGGACCAGAGGGCCGCAAGAAGAGAAGAAUCUGGUGUUGUAUCAUCGGAUUCCUCUUGCUGCUUAUCAUAAUCUUGGCGAUUAUUCUGGGCAUCGUUCUUUCCAGGCAUCAUGGAUCGGGCAACCAAAGCUCUACUCCAGCUCCUGGAGAGACCCAAUCCCCUCCCUCAUCACCGCCAAAGCCUUCCCCGCUACCCUCGUCCAUAUGGGUCAAUCUCACGGAUUAUCCUGCCAUGCCCACCGGCGUGUUGACCUUUGUAGGUCCAAAUAACACUGUUGCCAAGAGCGACUGUACUGAACCGUCUACAUUAUGGAGCUGUUCCUUGCCCAAGGAUUCCCAAGCGUCUGUGUCGCCAUUCAAGCCCAACCAGCCAACUAUCAUUUUCCAGAUCCAAUGGGAUAACAGCACAGACAAGGCAUGGAACGUCCCAAACGGCGCCCCCCCUACUCCCAUUUCUAAGAGAGGAGGGAGCAACAGCAAAUCCACAAUAGAUGGAUUCAAUCCAGAGCCGAGCCCCCCAACUUUUGAUGAGAUGUGGUUCCUGGGCGAGACCACAGAUAAUAUUCAAUCGAGCCAAAAGGCUGGAGAACCAACCCCCUUUUUUAUAAGUAUUCUCGAGUCUCUAAAUGACACGGUUAAAUUGCCAUCUUUAAGCCGAAGGGCUACUGCCUCGGACAUUCUAAACAUUUCGGACAUUAUUUUCCCACCAGACUUGAAGGCAGACGGCACUCCAGCGCCCGCUGUAAUGCUUCCUAACCCGGUUCAGCAGCCGGUUCGGCUAUUCGACCGCGGCCUACCCACCGAGCAUUACGGAUUCUACACAUACUUUCAGCGAACCAUCUUCCUCAAGUCUGUCACCGCUCUCAAUAAAUCGAGUGAAGGAAACGUACCCGCAGAUGAAAACGGUGGCUGCAGCGAAAUUGAGGCCAACCAUCUCGUUACGUGGGCCGAGACCCGUAUGCUGGUGCAAAUUUGGACGCGGAAACUGAAUAGCACAGGUUCACUGCUGCCUUCGGAUGGCAGUGAGGGUAUUGACAACUCACCUCAGCUGGUCCAACCAGGAACAAUGCCAUAUCCCGUGACAGUGACGCUGGACACUCACGGCGGUGAUCCUGACCACAAAGUCGUGUGGGAGUGGCCCAUGGAUGAUCGUCAGAAGCUGAAUACAAAUGCUCCUGAAUUGCUUGGCAACAAUAUGGCCGCCGGAGGGACUUGGAUUAACCACCGUGGUAGCGGCAAUGCCACGUUUGGAGGCUUCGACGGAGGCACCGGAGGCUGCAAGUGCCAAUGGAUAAAGAAGCGCUCCCUAACCACUCUCGCAAUCGAGACAUCAUGCGACGACACAGCCGUGGCGGUGCUAUCCAAGUCUGCAGACGGGAAAACCGCGCUGCUGUUCAACGAGCGCAUCUCGUCGGACAACCGGGCCUUCAAGGGCAUCAACCCGAUGGUUACGGUGGAGGGCCACAACUCGACUCUGGCGCUGCUGGUGGAAAGGGCGUUGGAGAGUCUGCCUGAUGAUGAUGGUGGUGAUGGUGAUGGUGAGGAGAAGCUUGGCAUGGAACGAGGGACGAGAGUAACGACGACGGAUGGAGAGGAGAAGACGGAGAGCAAAUGGAGGAGAAGCAGCCGCAACGGCAAGAAGAAGAUGAAGAAGAUACCCGACUUUGUCUGCGCCACUCGCGGCCCGGGCAUCAUGCCGAAUCUCUCUGUCGGACUCAACGUUGCAAAGGGACUGGCUCUGGCGUGGCAGGUUCCCCUGGUGGGCGUCCAUCACAUGCAAGCGCAUGCCUUGACGCCGCGCCUCGUCCAUGCCCUGGAGAAUAGCAGCAGCAGCAGCAGCAGCAUCGCAUCUUCUUCAACUUCAACUUCAGCUUCAUCAUCAACACCGCCAAUGAGCCCAGCCUUCCCCUUCCUCUCGCUCCUCGUCUCCGGCGGCCACACCCAGCUCAUCCUCUCCUCCAGCCUCACCGCGCACCAAAUCCUCGCCACCACCGCCGACGUCGCCAUCGGCAACCUCCUCGACCAGACCGCCCGCGUCAUCCUGCCCCCUUCCAUCCUCCAGUCCAGCCCGGACGUCAGCUACGGCCGCGUGCUCGAGGCCUUUGCAUUCCCCCCCGGACAGCAGGACUCGCCCGCCGACUACGAGGCGUUUUUCAAGCCGGCGCUGUCGAGGCGCGACGAGAUUGACGGCGUGCCGUCGAGGGAGUAUGGGUGGGCGAUUGCGCUGCCGUAUCGCAACUCGCGGAAGCUGGCGUAUUCGUUUUCGAGCAUCCACACGCAGGUUCACGACAUUGUUGCCGCCAUAGAAGCCAGAUACGACGACGACAACGACGCUUCUUCUUCAUCAUCAUCACCAUCUUCUUCUCCCCCCCCUGACGUGGACAAAAUCUCUCUCGACCAACGCCGCGCCCUCGCCCGCCACACCCUCCGCGCCUCCUUCCAACACCUCGUCAGCCGCCUCAUCCUCGCGCUGCAGGACCACCCUUCCCUCCAGCAAUCUACUACUACCAUAAAGACGCUCGUCGUGGCCGGCGGCGUCGCCAGCAACCGCUUCCUCAUGCACGUCCUGCGCACGACCCUCGCCGCGAGGGGCUUCCCGGACAUGCACAUCGUCGCGCCACCGCCGGAGCUGUGCACCGACAACGCCGCCAUGAUUGCCUGGGCGGGCAUGGAGAUGUUCGAGGCCGGGUAUCGGUCUGAGCUGUCGGUGCGGCCGAUUGCGAGGUGGCCCAUGGAUCCGGCGGUUGGAGGUGGAAUGCUGGGGGUAGGGGGGUGGGUCAAGGUGGAAGAGGAAAAAGGAGGGGAUUGA